AUGAAGGCUGCCCAAGAUAGGCAGAAGAGCAAUGCCGAACAUCGAACAAGGACCCUUGAGUUCAAAGUUAGCAAUUGGGUUUAUCUCAAAGUAUCGCCCAUGAAUGGAGUCUUUUGGUUUGGGAAGAAGGGGAAGCUAAGUCCAAGAUACGUGGGACCAUAUGAGAUACUGGAGAAAGUAGGAGUAGUCGCUUACAGACUGAAUGUUCCUACUGACUUCCAAGGAAUUCACAAUGUUUUCCAUGUAUCUUCCCUAAAAACUAGUUUCGAGAAACAAAUACCAGCAGUUGUUGAUACGAGAGAUAUUUCGCUCCAACCCAACCUAACCAAUGAAAAAGUUCCUAUUUAG